GUUGCUUAGAAGCCCUCCAGCCUUUUGAGAAGUUGUCUAAGCUUUGUCCGAAGACACAGACGGGUUCUCAUAAGACGUGAGGGCUUCUGGGAAGCCCCGCCGCCGUCUAAAACGGCCUGCCCCCUCUCACUUCCCCCUUGGACUCGCCACCGAGUAUCACACGGAUGAAUUUGGUGCUGGGCAUCCCAGAUGAGGCAUUCGUGCUUGGCGACGACGUCAUUCAGACAGUGGCCGGAGAGCUGGCGCACAUGCCGAUUCUGGUGUUGGCAGCCCGCAUUUGCCCACCCGGGGUUGAGGCCACCUUGUUCGCCUUCCUGAUGGCGGUAUUGAAUCUGUCAGGCUUCUGCGCCACCUUCCUCGGAUCCAUUUUGACAGACCUCUUCCACGUCACGGAGAGCGACUUCCAGAACCUGGCCGUGCUCACCCUCGUCUGCAACGUGAGCGGCCUGCUCCCGCUCGCCCUCCUCGGCCUUGUGCCCGAGGCCAGCGCCGGGGAGGAGGCCUCAGACGCCUCGGGAGCACGCAGGGCGUGAGGCCGCGGCCGGCCCGUCCGAGCGCGGUACCAGUGGCGGCCAGGGCGUCAACUGCAGGCAGGAAUGUCUCGUCGUGCUUCUCCUCCUCCUCCUCCUCCU